UUUUUUUUUAAACAACUCAUAUCUUCUUCCUCUUUUACAUAAACACAAUCCCCAAAUGUGUCACUCUGCCCAAUAAAACUAGAAAACAAAAUAUGACACAAUCAAAUUUUGUUAAUAUGAAGUUCUCUCUAGCUCCAACUCUUGUUCUUCUUGUCCUUCUCCUCUUUUACCAACAUCACUCAUCAUCUCCAAACCUAAACGCAAACGUUCUCUCUUCAUUCGUCGAUGCUACUACAUCCAUCGUUGCCCCGUCUCCUUCACCAUCCAUGUCCAUGGAGUUUAGUAUCGCCUCAUCAAACUUCACCUUAAUUUCGAGUCCUCAACCUCAAAAUAAAGAAAAGAAGAGGAACAUAAUCGAGGAAGGUUUAGCGAAAUCAAGAGCGGCCAUACGUGAAGCCGUGAGGUUGAAGAAGUUUUCAUCGGGCAAGGAAGAAACUUUUAUUCCUCGUGGAGCCGUUUACAGAAACGCUUACGCAUUUCAUCAAAGCCAUAUAGAGAUGGAGAAGAAAUUCAAAGUGUGGGUGUACAGAGAAGGUGAGACACCUUUAGUACAUAUGGGUCCAAUGAACAACAUAUACAGCAUUGAAGGCCAAUUCGUGGACGAGAUCGAGAGAGGCAUGAGCCCGUUCGCGGCUAGCCACCCUGAGGAGGCACACGCCUUCCUCCUCCCCGUCAGCAUCGCCAACGUUGUCCAUUACUUAUAUCGCCCACUUGUUACCUACUCGAGGGAACAACUUCACAAUGUUUUUCUUGACUAUGUCAAUGUUGUGGCUCACAAGUAUCCUUAUUGGAACAGAAGCCUUGGAGCCGACCAUUUCUUCGUUUCUUGCCAUGAUUGGGCACCAGACGUCUCAGAAUCGAACCCGGAGCUGUUGAAAAACAUGAUAAGAGUUCUCUGCAACGCCAACACAUCAGAAGGUUUCAAACCCCAACGAGACGUCUCAAUCCCGGAGAUCAACAUCCCCAGUGGAAAGCUGGGACCACCUCAGUUAUCCAACUCUUCCGGCCAUGACCGACCCAUCCUUGCUUUCUUCGCAGGCGGCUCACACGGCUAUAUCCGCAAGAUUCUACUGCAGCAUUGGAAAGACAAAGACGAGGAGGUCCAAGUCCACGAGUACUUGGCCAAAAACAAAGAUUACUUCAAGCUCAUGUCCACGGCAAGGUUUUGUCUCUGUCCUAGUGGCUACGAAGUAGCUAGCCCUCGAGUUGUUGCAGCUAUUAACUUAGGUUGCGUCCCUGUCAUCAUCUCUGAUCAUUACGCCUUGCCCUUCUCAGACGUUCUUGAUUGGACUAAGUUCACCAUUCAUGUUCCCUCUGAGAAGAUCCCUGAGAUAAAAACCAUACUAAAGAACGUGUCUUGGAGACGCUACAGGGUCUUGCAGAGAAGGGUUUUGCAGGUCCAGAGACAUUUCGUGCUCAACAGACCUUCACAACCGUUUGACAUGCUUCAAAUGCUUCUUCACUCUGUUUGGUUGAGAAGACUUAACGUAAGGUUGCCUUUGUGAUUCUACAUACUCUGUUUUAGGGGGG